GGUGACGUCACGACCGAGUCGCCCGCGUCUGCUGCCGACGCGGAACGGAACGGAGCGAAGAUGAAGAUCUUCUGCCCGAUCUGCAAGUGGCUCGUGGUCAGCCUGCCCGCCCUGGACGACCACAUGAAGCGGCACAGGGGGUGGACGGAACCCGCUCUGUUCCGGUGCCCCCACUGCCCGUUCAACACGGACAAGCUGAACGUGUUCAUCGGCCACCAGGCGACGCACGACGUGCGCGAGUCGCACAAGUGCGCCGAGUGCGGCAAAGUGUUCAUCGACGCCGAGGUCUUCCGCGAGCACCAAGCGGCACACGCCGAGGAGAAGCCCUACAAGUGCACCGAUUGUGAACUGGCGUUCAACCGCUCGGAGGAUCUUCACGAGCACCAAAAGACGCACGCCGGCGGCAAGCCCUACCACUGCACCGUCUGCGGCAUGGACUUCACCCGGUCGGAGCAGCUCCGCAACCACCAGAGGAUCCACACGGGCGAGAAGCCCUACAGGUGCGCCGAGUGCGACAAGAUAUUCGCCCGGUUUGACACCCUUGUUGCCCACCUGCGGGUCCACGAGGGUGGCAGGGCACGUCGGUGUGCCGUGUGCGGCAAGGAGUGUGCAGACUUCAGGGCCCUUCACGUUCACCAGAACGUCCACGGCCUGCCGUCGCGGCCCCCGUCGAGCGGCGGACCGGAGGGUGCCUCGGUUCAGACGUUCGACGCUCCCGUUCCCUGUGGAAACGGAGGUGGCGAACCGAGAAGACGGCGGACAUCCGGAGGCGGCGGUGGCGACCGCUCCUUCUCCACUGGAGCGAGUGCCGACGCGGAACGGAACGGAGCGAAGAUGAAGAUCUUCUGCCCGAUCUGCAAGUGGCUCGUGGUCAGCCUGCCCGCCCUGGACGACCACAUGAAGCGGCACAGGGGGUGGACGGAACCCGCUCUGUUCCGGUGCCCCCACUGCCUGUUCAACACGGACAAGCUGAACGUGUUCAUCGGCCACCAGGCGACGCACGACGUGCGCGAGUCGCACAAGUGCGCCGAGUGCGGCAAAGUGUUCAUCGACGCCGAGGUCUUCCGCGAGCACCAAGCGGCACACGCCGAGGAGAAGCCCUACAAGUGCACCGAUUGCGAACUGGCGUUCAACCGCUCGGAGGAUCUUCACGAGCACCAAAAGACGCACGCCGACGGCAAGCCCUACCACUGCACCGUCUGCGGCAUGGACUUCACCCGGUCGGAGCAGCUCCGCAACCACCAGAGGAUCCACACGGGCGAGAAGCCCUACAGGUGCGCCGAGUGCGACAAGAUAUUCGCCCGGUUUGACACCCUUGUUGCCCACCUGCGGGUCCACGAGGGUGGCAGGGCACGUCGGUGUGCCGUGUGCGGCAAGGAGUGUGCAGACUUCAGGGCCCUUCACGUUCACCAGAACGUCCACGGCCUGCCGUCACGGCCCCCGUCGAGCGGCGGACCGGAGGGUGCCUCGGUUCAGACGUUCGACGCUCCCGUUCCCUGUGGAAACGGAGGUGGCGAACCGAGAAGACGGCGGACGUCCGGAGGCGGCGGUGGCGACCGCUCCUUCUCCACCGGAGCGAGGCAGUGCCAAGACGGAAACAAUGAACGAGGGAGGAGAGAUGAAGAUCUACUGCCCAAUCUGCAACUGGGUGGUGAUCAGCCUGCCUGCCCUGGAGGACCACAUGAAGCAGCACAGGCGCCGGACCGAGUCUGUGCUGUACCAGUGCCCCUACUGCCCGUACAGCACGGACAAAGUGGCCACUCUGAUCGGCCACCAGAGGAGCCAUGCCGACGAGAAGCCCUACAAGUGCAGGGUGUGCGGAGAAGUUUUCGCGAAUUCGAAAGACUACUGCUCCCAUCAGACCACGCACAUCAGCCGUGCGCGACGCAGGAAGUCGAUCGUCCCACCGCCAAGAGACUUCUCACCUGACAAGAGAAUCCACGCGGGCGAGAAGCCCUACGAGUGCGCGAUGUGCGGGAAGCGAUUUGCCCUGUUGAAGGUUCUCGUCCAACAUGAGAGGACCCACACGGGCGAGAAGCCCUACAAGUGCGCCACGUGUGGCAAGUCAUUCGCCCAGUCGAGCACCCUAGGCAUCCACAAGCGCA